CCCCACUUCGCAGUGCAGACCGGACCGCCUCUGGCCAAAGGUUGAGAGAGCCAUGUCCACGCAAUCAGAGGCGGAGGUCAAAGCUGCAAAGCGCUUGUUCAACUGGAGACUCUUCAUCGUUGGGGCUAUGAGGCUCAUUGACAGCAUGAACGUGAACAUGAUCAUGCCAUACGGACUCCAGAUGGUGGCAAUGUUUCUGAAUCAGGAAACAUCUAGUCCUGAAGCUAGUACUGCCUUUGCGUGGCUCGUUGGGCUUUACUCCUUCUUCGAGAUCAUUUUCUCACCUUUCUGGGGUGUGGUGGCGGACUGGAUCGGCAGGAGGCCUUGCCUUCUGAUUGGUAUGGCUGGGACGGCCAUGGCACCCGUCCUGAUGGGCCUGGGCCAAUCCUUGAGUGCGGUCUUCCUGUUCCGUGCCUUGGAUGGCUUUUUCUGUGGGAACCAGGCGGUGAUUCGCACCUACCUGGGAGAACUGGUCGACAAGGGCAGCGAGGCGUCUGCCUUCAGUUUUCUGGUUCUGUGCUUUGUCCUGGGCCUCAUUGCAGGGCCGUUCCUGGGUGGCUUGGCUUUCCCUGCACGUUGGUCACCGGAGCUGUUUGGCCAAACACUCUUCGAUCAAUAUCCUGUCUUCUUGCCGAACCUUUUGUUUGGAGUCUUCGCCACCAUUGUUUGCAUCAUCGGCUUCAUCUACCUGGAGGAGACAUUGCCCAAAAGCAAGCUCCGCUGGCGCAAGAAGGAAGGCCUUGAAGGCCUUGAAGGCCUUGAAGGCGAAGGAGUUGGAGUUGACCAGGAUCCUGAGGCUGCCAGCAACGCGGACAGCGUCGAGACGGCAGACACCGACACGGCAGACGCGGGCACGGCUGGCAAGAAAUGCUGCUAUUCACUGACUGUGCUCCAGGUCAUCCUCACAUUCUGUGGAAUCUCCGGUGUGGUGGAGGCACAGAACACCUUGGUUGUUUUGCUGUGGCAGUACCCGCAAUCUAUGGAUGGGUUCGGGUUCAGCCCACAGCAAGUCAGUUUAGUCCAAGUCUCAGGUGGUUUGGGUCCAGUUCUGUGUCACCUGACUUUCCUCCAUCCUUUGGUCAAGAAGCUUGGCUUCUUGAAGGUUCUCCUGCUGGGCUUUCUGAUCAACAGCAUCUCCUACAACCUUUACCCGGUCUACAGUCUCUGUGCUGAUCCGAAGUAUGGUGUUUGGAGAUACAUCAUCUUGGGCCUUGCUGAGUUUGUGGGGAUGAUUGGGACCUUCAUGAUGUUCACUGCCAUUUUUGUUUUCAUGAACCGUGCCUCCGUUGGUCUGAAUCGAGCAACGGUCAAUGGCUGGGCGAACUCCGGUCGCGCACUGAGCCGUGCGGUGUCGCCCCUUUUCGCCACAACGCUGAUGCGUGCGGCAGAAGCGUUGCCACAUGGAAUCCACAUGCCUUUCUAUGUUACAACUGGCUGCUUGGCCUUGUGUUUGGCCAUCUCAUGGACUGGGCUGCGCAAGCUGGACUCAGCAUGACACAUAUGACAAAUCAUGGCACCAGUGGGUUCCUAUGCCUUUCAUCCCGAGCAUUCCUGUCUUGAGAUGAGGAUCAUCCCAUGAUGAGCUCUGCAGGAAAGCCCUUUCCCGUUUAGUCUUCGUUUAGUAUUCGUUUAGAGUUUUGUACAGGUGGUACUUUGGCUGAGAGGCGAAAACUCGCCAUUGUGAAGUCUGUAGAGUCUGUAGAGCUCAGCCAGCGGGUCACCACAAGUGCCACAACGUUCGGGCGUUCUGAAGAAAAGGAACUGGCACUUGCGGGGCCCCUCUCAACCGUGUCCAAUUCUCUUGGCGUCCUAAGCAGGUUUUUCCAUGGGUUUUUCACCUGGGCUGAUGAUAGACAUUAGUGAAUACAUCAGGGUGCAGCAGGGUCAUGGUCUUGCGGUGAUCGAGGUGCAGUCGAGGCAAGUGACAGC